UGAAAUUUGGCCAUUGCAAGAAGGGUAAUUGUGUCAUUGACUAAUGCUGCACCACUACCGCGCCUUGGAAACGCAAGUUUUUUUCAUCGCGUAAAACAUAUUCUCCCUCUUUUUCGAUUUAUCCGUCUUUGAAAGCCUUUAGAUCACACUCCCUUUUCCCCUUCAAAUUCACACCUAGAAGAUCGAAUAACAGUAAUGGGGCUGCUCUCCAACAGAAUCGAUAGGAGCAUCCUCAAAGCAGGGGAUCACAUAUACUCAUGGCGCACGGCGUAUGUGUAUGCUCAUCACGGCAUAUACGUCGGAGACGACAAAGUCAUACACUUCACAAGGCGCGGCCAGGAAGUCGGUACGGGCACCGUACUCGACCUCCUCCUCGUCAGUUCGGGCCCUGCCAGGGCCCGAACCCCAUGCCCCACCUGCUCCCCUCCAGAGGACGACGGGCACGGGGUCGUCAUCUCGUGCCUCGACUGCUUCUUAGCUGGCGGCAUUCUAUACCGAUUCGAAUACGCCGUGAGCCCAGCCCUCUUCCUGGCCAAGGCCCGCGGGGGAACCUGCACCCUAGCCAUCUCAGACGACGACGAGACCGUGGCCCACCGGGCCCGAUACCUCCUGGACAACGGGUUCGGGUGCUACAACGUGUUCAAGAACAACUGUGAGGACUUUGCCAUAUACUGUAAAACGGGCCUCCUGGUGCUGGACCAGAGCACGAUGGGCCAGAGUGGGCAGGCAGUGUCCAUUAUAGGUGGGCCACUCGCGGCAGUUUUGUCCACGCCCUUGCGGCUCGUGACGACUAAUGUGUACGGAAUGGUGGUUACGGGUGUUGGGGUGUACUGCGCGAGCCGGUAUGCGGCGGAUAUAGGGAUGAGGAGGGAUGUGGUGAAGGUGCCUGUUGAGGAACUCACGACGAGGGUUGGGACGGGCAUGCUUCAGUGGAGCGUCUACAGUGCUGAGGAGUCCGAGGAGUCCGACGCGUGGAGCGUCUACAGUGCUACCUGCUCCGGCGAGCCCGCUGGAAGCUCAAACGAGAACAGGCUGAGGCUGGCGGAAGAGUGGCUGAGGGCGGCCGUCUCGACGGUGGUGUCGCUGCUCAUCAAGCUCUUGCCGGAGUACAAUCCCUCUGACCCCGGGUUCCUAUGUGAAUCGUCUAUCUUGUGCUUGAUUUCAUGUACCGAUCAGAAAUAA